CUCAGCUGGAGAACACAACAACAGCCUGUCGCGGACAGGAAUGAUUUGAGAGGUUAUUCUAUCCCGCGGAUAUCAUGAUGCUGUUUCUUCUCAAGUCCCUAAUCACCUUGCUGGCCCUCCUUGCAGCCUGCGUGGUGCUUCCCCAGCUUCCUUUGGGCCUGCUCCGAAUCGUACUCCGCUGCGUAGGAUGGGUGAUUCGCAAGAGAACUCAGUCUCGCAGGGAGGCCAUUCUUAAUCGUGUUCGAGCGGACGAGGAAGAACUGCGUUCAAAACGGCCGAAAACGGUUCCUUCUUCGGCAACCCAGGCUGAGGAUGAAGAUUGGGAGCAGGUCGACCCAUCCAGCAGUUCGUCUAGCUCAGGUGUCGGCUCCGGAACAGCUGGCAAGCAGAAUUCCCAGCCCUCGGAGAAUGAAGACUGGAGCGGGAUCAUAGGCUUCUUCCACCCUUUCUGCAAUGCUGGUGGCGGCGGCGAACGUGUCCUUUGGGAGGCUGUCCGAGCAACCCAGAAACGAUGGCCCAAAGCUGUCUGUGCUAUCUACACAGGCGAUUAUGAAGUGACCAAAGCCACUAUGCUGGAGAGAGUCCAAACCCGCUUCAAUAUCCAACUACAUGCACCAACAGUCGAGCUGCUCUAUCUAACAUCUCGCAAAUAUGUCCAGAGCAGCAUGUACCCCUACAUGACGCUGUUGGGCCAGUCCCUUGGCUCUCUAAUCGUUGGCUAUGACGCCUUCACUCUACUUGUGCCAGACAUCUUCAUCGACACCAUGGGCUACGCGUUUGCGAUCGCUUUCUGCAAGCUCCUCUUCCCAGGCGUCCCAACAGCCGCCUACGUGCACUAUCCCACCAUCUCCACCGACAUGCUCCAGUCGCUAGACGACCAGACCGGUCUCCAAGGCGUCAACGCCGGCGCCGGCAAGGGUCUCAAGGGCACUCUCAAACGCAAGUACUGGCUUGCCUUUGCGCGCCUCUACGGCUGGGUCGGCAGCCACGUCGACGUCGUGAUGUGCAACUCCUCCUGGACCGCCGCGCACAUCCGCGCCCUCUGGGGGCCCUCUCGCGCGUCUCUACCCGCCCUAACCUCCACCUCCAAGGAUACACCCGGAUCCCCAGACCACCCCACAGUCAUCUUCCCGCCCACGGCGGUCUCGGAACUGGAAUCCAAAAUCGUUGUCUCCGAAGCCACCGAGCGAGACCUCCGCACCCCGACCAUUCUCUACAUCGCCCAGUUCCGUCCCGAAAAGAACCACCCCCUUGUCCUCCGCUCUUUUGCCCGUUUCCUCAAAACCCGCCACCACCACCACCACCACCACCACCACAUAUCUUCCUCGCCCGCUGACAACGACCCCGAACAUGAACUCCACAAUAAUGCCAACAACGUCGCCCCCCAGGAUCCAAAACUCGUCCUCAUCGGGUCCGUCCGCCACGCCAGCCCCGAUGAAACCCACAUCUACAACCUCCGCCUCCUCGCCCACGAACUGCGCAUCCGCGACCAAACCACCUUCCUCUGCGACGCCUCGUGGCCUACAAUCCUACAGCACCUCUCGACUUCCUCUGUCGGCGUCAACGCAAUGUGGAACGAGCACUUCGGCAUCUGCGUCGUCGAGUACCAGGCCGCCGGCCUGAUCUGCGUCGUCCACGACUCUGGCGGGCCGCGCGAGGAUAUCGUCGUUGACCUUGGAGACGGCGCAACCGGGUUCCACGCCCAGACGGAGGAGGAGUUCGCGGCGGCCUUUGAGGCGGCGUUGGCCUUGUCGGCGGAGGAGAAGAUGGCCAUGAGGUUAAGGGCUAGGAAGUCCGCGUUGAGAUUCACCGAGGAAGAGUUUGCCGUUAAGUGGGUGGGGGAGAUUGGGAAGUUGGUUAGGAUGACAGCGUGAAAUCUCUUCUCUUUUUUUUUCUUAG